AUGGAAGCCAUUCGCAAAUGCACAGUUGAUGAAUACUUCCGGUAUUUAGAGCGAUGCAGUGCAGACUGUCUAAGGGAGAGUCAGGCUCGACCUACAGCUCCGUUGGGCGCCGCAGUGGCGCGUGGCUGUGAGGUGCUGGAGCAGCUGUGCCGUGGACAGGAGGGGGGAGCCGCGAUUGGAGUUGAAGACCCGUUGAGGCUCCGGGAAAGGUUGCUGAUGACGUAUGAGCGUCCACGCUUCGUGCGGUCCAGCGAGUUGCAGGAAGCCUGCGCUCGUAUCGCCGAGGCAGAUGCAGCGCAGCUUUUCUGGGACAACUUCGACGACCGAGCAGGCGAACAGGAAGCGGCGUACCGUGAGGCGGCCAAAAGGGCGGGAAAUGCAAAACCCCCUGUGUUAGCGUUGAACCUGGCGGCCGACACAGGGCUCUUUCACAGCAAUCGCGCUUUGAAAGCGUUGAGCUUGCUGGGCUUCGGCGUGCUUACUUUGGGCACCAAUGAGUUGGUGUUGCACCACGCAAAUGUGAAAAGCAUCUGGGGUCGAUUGCAUUUGCGGUGUGUGGAGGCCGGCAAUGAGCUAGGCAAUUUGUUUCCAACUCACACACGACAUUGGUGGCCCAUCGUUGAAGAUAUCUUCAUGUCCUCAGCUAUCCAAAGCCUACUGACCAGCAUCGAUCUGACCCUUCGAACCAGCUCUGAAUACACAUGCAUUUCCAUAGAUGCAACGUUGAAAGUAGCUAUGUCCAUCAAAGGCCAGGCUAGCUACAGAAGCAGUGCGGCAAUCAGAAAUGAAGCCUGCUUCGGCGACACUGAAGCUUUGAGACGUGUCUUGACUGUCAGAGGCUGUACAAGGGCAGUGUUGGCUAUGCAAUUGAUUAAAGGAGAAGAGGCUUUGGAGGUCGCUCAGGCUUUGCAAAGAAGCAUGUCAACCUUGGGCUGCGCGCAAGUGCUGUAUGUGAUGAGCGAUUCGCCAUCUUCAAAGCUACUGCGCGCUUUGCAGCCAGUCUCUCCCAACCUACGUGGUUUGGCCUUAGAUCCUGUGCAUACUGCUAUUGUUUAUGAAUAUGCACAGUGGCGCCGCCGAACUCCAGGUUCCAAGCUCUUGAGGGAAUUGCUCAACAAGGUGGUGCAGCAUGAUCCUGAAAAAGCAAUGGCAUCGUGGGGGUGUUUGUACGAUGGCAUCGAGGCCGAACCUCUGACCCGCCAAGAAGAAAAGUGGAGGGAACAAAUUUUGAAUUGGACACAUCCCAAAGCAUAUGCCGAACGAGUGGUCGGCAAUCUCAAGCCCAAUUUGCCGGUAUACACCCGAGUGAGCUUCAUCGAAGCAAUAGCAGCAAAAGGGUCCGGAGCACUUUUGGACGUUCAGAUGUCGUUUCGUGUGGCAGGCGCAAGGGAUUGUGCACCUUGUCAAAAGAGAGCAAAACGUGAGGGUUUCGUAGCAGUUUCAACUACAACCACCACUACACACACACACUACACUACUUACACUCCACUCCACUCCACUCCACUCCACUCCACUCCACCCCACUCCACUCCACUCCACUCCACUCCACUCCACCCCACUCCACUCCACUCCACUCCACUACAACAACAACUAAAACUACAACUACAUUACACUACACUACGCUACGCUACGCUACACUAA